CUACUGUGGAUAAGGAGACACUGUUACUCAACACUCAUGGUAUUUGCUGAGAAGGAUUAAGCAAGAGGGAUUUUGCCAAAGCAGUUGUUGGAUUUAAGACCUGUCUUCCUAUUAACGCUGAAGCCAGGAGAUUCCAGCUGGCUUUUCACGGCAGCAAGGUACCAGCAGCCUCCCUUCCCCUGGAAUUUCAGAUGGAGAAAGGAUCACAGCACAAUGAGGCUCUGCAUUGGCAUUGUCCUCUGCUCCUUGGUCCUGGGAGUCAGCAGUGAUGGCUGGUACUCCUUCUUCAAGGAGGCUGCCCAAGGGUCUUGGGACAUGUGGAGAGCCUACUGGAACUUGCAAGUAGCCAGUUACCCAAAUUCAGAGAGAUACUUCCAUGCGCGGGGGAACUAUGAUGCUGCCCAAAGGGGACCUGGUGGGGUCUGGGCUGCGAAAGUGCUCAGGCUCCCAGGGUUGGGGUGGUCUGCAGAGCCAGAGCAGGACUUGCAGGGACAUGUCUUCUCUCACCCCCAAAGAAAAACAAUGCCGGGAAGUACCUUCAGGGCAUCUCAAACCGGUUUUAUUAUGGAAUGAGCAACUAUGGAUCAGAAAACAUUGAGUCCAACCAGAAAGCUGAGGAAUGGGGCCGAUAUGGCAAAGACCCCAAUCACUUCAGACCACCUGGCCUGCCUGAGAAGUACUGAACUCACUGUUCUUAAUGCUGUCUGGGAACUAGGCUGGGAACCACACACCUCUCCCCCUGACACAGUGUCCCUGGGCCUUGUGCCCUAGGAACUGGUACAGGACACUUAAGAUGCCCAAUGACUAUGUGUCAAAGAAUUUGUUGGUGGAAACUGGGAACAUUGAGAUGGACUUUCUAGGAAGAAUGACCACUUGGUGUUGCACAGAAGACAAACAGCCCCAUUGAGGAUGACCCUAUGACUGUGGUGGUACAGGAACCCCCAGUUGGCCUGUAAUGAUGUGUGUUCGUCAGCUUUCCAUUGCUGUGACAAAAUAUCUGAGAAUAAUAAUUUAAAGAAGGAA